GGCGAAGGGACGAGGCGGACAGGCGUGAGCGGACUCUGGGGCGCCUAGCGCAGCAGAGGGCACGGCCUUAGGGCUCCCCGCGGAGCCCCCGCCGCCGGGGCUCGGCAGCCCGGUCGGCGUCCCCGCGGAGCGGGGCCACCACGUGGAGCACACCAGCCGUCGCCAGAUGUGCCAGCCGCCCGCUGCGAGGCAGGCUCCUCGGAGAGGCUCCAGCCCACCCCGAAGCCCCACAGGUCCUCGCAGCUGGCGGCCUUCGUAAAGGAAGCCCUCGCCUUCCGCCGCGCAGGGUCCCGGAGAGAGGCGGCGGCGCGAGCACUCCCGAACUCCCAGAGCGUUGCUCGAAGCGAAGCGCCUCGGCAGGAGGUUUGUCCCCGCCCGCACGCCGUGCCGGGCGGCUCUAGUGGUGGGGCAGAGGGCGCGCGGCGGAGAUGGGCGAGACCAUGUCAAAAAGACUGAAGUUUCAUCUGGGCGGGGAAGCGGAGAUGGAGGAGCGAGCGUUCACCAAUCCCUUCCCGGACUACGAGGCCAUGGCCUCGGCGGGGUUCGCCGCCGGAGCGGCCGAGGAGACGGGCAGUGCUCGCCCCCAGCCCACCGCCGACGAGCUCAGCCUCCCUUUUCACAACGAUGGAAAGAUCAUUCAUAGUUUCACAAGGCGAAUCCAGACCAAAAUCAAAGACCUUCUGCAGCAGAUGGAAGAAGGUCUCAAGACAGCUGACCCGCAUGAUUGCUCUGCCUACACUGGCUGGACAGGCAUAGCCCUUUUAUACCUGCAGCUGUACCGGGUCACAUGUGACCAGACCUACCUGCUCCGAUCCCUGGAUUAUGUCAAGAGAACACUCCGGAAUCUGAAUGGCCGCAGGGUCACGUUCCUGUGUGGAGAUGCUGGACCUCUUGCAGUAGGAGCUGUGGUGUAUCAUAAACUCAAGAGUGACUGUGAGUCCCAGGAAUGCAUCACAAAACUUCUGCAGCUCCAGAGGACGAUUGUGUGCCGAGAUUCAGACCUCCCCGAUGAGCUGCUUUAUGGACGGGCAGGUUACCUGUACGCCUUACUCUACCUGAACACGGAGAUCGGCCCGGGCACCGUGUGUGAGUCAACUAUUAAAGAGGUAGUCGAUGCCAUCAUUGAGUCAGGCAAGGCCCUGUCCCGGGAGGAGAGGAAGGCCGAGCGCUGCCCGCUGUUGUAUCAGUGGCACCGGAAGCAGUACGUCGGGGCGGCCCACGGUAUGGCCGGCAUCUACUACAUGUUAAUGCAGCCAGCAGCAAAAGUCGACCAAGAAACCUUGACAGAAAUGGUGAAACCCAGUAUUGAUUAUGUGCGCCACAAAAGAUUCCGAUCUGGGAAUUACCCUUCCUCGUUGAGCAAUGAGACUGACCGCUUGGUCCACUGGUGUCACGGUGCCCCGGGCGUCAUCCAUAUGCUCACACAAGCUUACAAGGUCUUUAAGGAGGAAAAAUACUUGAAAGAUGCCAUGGAGUGCAGUGAUGUGAUUUGGCAGCGAGGUUUGCUCCGGAAGGGCUAUGGGAUCUGCCACGGGACAGCUGGGAAUGGCUAUUCUUUCCUGUCCCUGUACCAUCUCACACAGGAUAAAAAGUAUCUCUACCGAGCUUGCAAAUUUGCAGAGUGGUGUCUAGAAUACGGAGCACACGGGUGCCGCAUUCCUGACAGACCUUAUUCUCUCUUUGAAGGCAUGGCUGGGGCGAUUCACUUUCUCUCCGACAUCCUGGUACCAGAGACAUCACGGUUUCCAGCAUUUGAACUUGCCCCUUCGCAGAGGGAUAAAAAGAUGCAAAGAGACUAAGACGCCUGGACCAAAAGCCAGAUCGCUUAGUGCCUGACACAGAGCCAACUGUGAAUCCUGAAAAAGGCAAAAAAAAAAAAAAAAAAAGAGAGAAGCAAACACCUUCCCUUCACAGCCCCCCACUUUAUUGCAGAGACCCUCACGUUAGAGCAUGAACGACAGAAACUAUCCCUUCCACAUUUCGUAACGGUGUUCCCCUCCCUGGUGUCAAAUAUGGAUUCUUCACAUGAAGCCCUGUGUAGCAUUUGCAUGUUUCUUGGUGUUUGUUGUCUGCAGAUGUAAGUUGUUCUGAAUAGAAAGCCCUUCUCUGUACGUGAGCCCGGAGCUGACGGCGCACGAGAGUACGGCAGCGGCCACUUCCCUGUAUAUACUGUUUAAAGUGAGGUGUCACGUGUACUGACAGCCCGGGGACAGUCAGGUGGUGUGUCUCUCCUACAUCAAAAAGAACGUCGAGGGUGACGUCCUAGUGAUGCUUUGUCAGCAUUUUCCAUGCGUACCUUUCAGACAACCGUGAAGGAAACACCACUCCAAAAACUGAAAGGCAACCAAAUAAAUAAGAGGGGGUUUUGCCGGAAUUGUUAGGGGCGGGGUUGCACCUCUGCACAGGGUAGUCGAGCGCUCCCUCUUUGUGUUUUGUGUUCACGCUUCAUGCUUCUAAGGGGCCAGAGCGCGUGCACUGCCCUCCCACUGGGGCCCUUUCCCAGCAGGGGUUUCUGGCUCCUGUGGGAAGUUCCAGGGGCUCCUUGCAACCCCAAGCAGGGAGCCCCGGGCAGUGGACUCACAUCAGAGGACAUUCAAGGGAAGCCUUUUCGUGACCCGGUUGUAAAUCAAGUAGGGAUGACUAAGCAUUGGCAAUCCUAGAUUUGGUUUAUUAUAUUGUUAAAACAGACUGCAUCUCAAUUUUAUCACCAUGAUAACUUAGUGUAAGUUCCAUGGGUACAAAUUCCAGUUGGUGAUAAGCAGAAAGGUGCUCAGCUGUUCCCCUCUCCCUGCAAUUAAACUGACUUCAAAAUCUGGUAAGUUAUCGCAGUAUAAAUUUGGGAGAAAUAGUCAUUUUUCGGACUUUGGGGUGAUUUAAAUCUCACAUUUGAUGAAAUAUAUUAAGCAUAAAGGACUAGCCUGUGUUUAUGCAUAUGGGAAGCAUGUUCUAACCAAGAAAAUGAUGGUAUUUGUCUGCCAUGUUUUAUCUAAAAAAAAAAGGACGUUAAUUUGGAUUACCAUACCUUUAAUAAUUCUAUGAUGUGUUUCAGAAUUGAGAAGAGUUUUGUCCUCACAAUCCGAGUAGCCUAGGACUUUCUGCACACUUCUCACCUUGUGAGCUGAGGCAUGGAUCACAAAAGACUAAUAAGCAGGCUUCUCUGGUCAUCUGGUCCCAGUCUGUAAGGGACCAUCCGUCAUUUAUCAGCCCUCGUGUCCUCUCCUUUCAUGCAGGAGCAUGAAUUUCCACGAGAGGACAAACGUCUUUCCCACAUAUGCAAUUCUUAGAAUGUCGCCAAGCCUUAUUUGUGGGGCUGGCACCCUAACAUGACCUUCAGUUUCUAGAUGAGCCCUUGUGGGUUCCUUCAUUGCAGACACUUAUUUCUAACCCAUGACUGUUUUCUCUCAAACUAGGUUGAUGCAUUCCAUGGGUAUAAAUCCUCAUGGUUCUAUUUUAACCAACUUCCUGGACCUGCUCAUGAACUUCUCAGGCACCAUAGGCUGUCCUGAAUGAGUAGAGGGGGACUGUAGGAUGAGUAGGAGAGCUCACCACCUAUCAGAGCCCAGCCAGACAGCCCUGACCCACCAACCGCCUCCAAACUGCACACACAGUAGUUGACAAGGUCUGGCCUGCCUCGUCCGGGGCGGCACUCAAGGCUUCAGCUGAAAGCACUGUCAGGAAGCCAGCAGGACUGCACAGGCGCUGUGCCUGUCUCAGCCAGAGGGAGCGUGUGGAAGCCCUGGUUCUAGCCAGGUGUCUCUAGACCAGAAACCGCAAGGGUGACUCACCUGGGCAUCCCUCCAUGGCUGAAAAGGAAGCAUGAGGACGAGCCUGUUUUCUGGCUAACAGACUGAGGGAAAAGUCAAAUGUUUGUGGAAUAAAUGGAGAUCUUAUUUCCGGGCUUUUCUUUUUUACCCAGCGGGGUCGACACCUUCCAACUUACCCACUAGGUGUGCACAGAUGUGCAGCCCUGUGACUCGAACUCCACCCACUUCCUGGCGUCUGGCACGUAGCUGCUGCGUGAGGACAGUGCCCUCGGUCCCCGAAAGCAGAGGAGAGCCGGCAUCUAUGCCAGGGAGCAGAGUUUAAUAGUUCUAAGUUCUGAAUUUAGAUCUGAAAACAUCUCACAAUGAUUUCUUUGUGUCCUCCAGAAUGUGUCUGAAUUUAAAAAAAAAAAAAGAUGUGUGUGCACAAUACCAUUUUAAAACUUGAAAGAAAAAAUAGUUGAUGUUGGAAAAAGUGUGUGGGGUUCUUUGGUUUCAUUAGUAAAGACAGUUUUGUGAUGAUGA